AAAAUACGUUUCAUUGGUCGGGGUGACAAAGAGAGCGAGCAGAGACGGUCGGAGAAGGAAUAAAAAAAGAAUUUUCUGAAAUGCUGAGUGGAUUUUAGAUAGCGUUUUACUUCGGAACCGCAACGUCAAGCUACUUUUCAGAUUCCGUGGCCAAAUCUGGUGGAUUUCAAGAAUCCUAUCCGCGUGUAUGGAGUUUCAUAAGACGGAAGGGUCAUUGAACAGAGCUUUUAAUUUGGGCUAUUGGAAAAUUCGCAUUUGAAUCGUUGGUUGGGUAGAGCAAGGAAGCCGCCAUGGCUGGUGCUACUGGAUCGUUGAGUCUCCACCUCAGAAUAUGAACAAACCCUACUUUUGUGCUCUAAUUUUCUCAUGACUAACAACGUUGUUGCUGUCAUUUUAAGGAGCACCGAAUACAGGAAUAAUUUUACAUGUGUCAAUCUACGUGUAUGAAUCUGACGCGAUCCAGAACAAGAAAAUCGGUGGGUUUUUUUUCGGGGGACACAGGGAGAAGGCCGGUUUCAUGACUAUUUCUUUACUGACACCGACUUGUAAAAGGCCUUGAUUGCAAACGACGAAGAGACUGUUUUAAAAAGGAUGGUUUGAAAGAAAGACUGUCAGUGGAUGGGAGAAGGUAGCGAAUCAGCUGAAGAAAAUCGACAGAAAGGAGUGAACGGGCGACGGUGUAGCUUUUUCCUUUGCGUAUUUUGUGAAAAUAUCACUUAUAGAGGUCUUUGAACAGUGACCCAGUUGAUCAAAAGUGUCAAUCGGCCAAUCGACAAAAAAACAGGGAUUAACGAUUGGAAUAUGUCUGGUCGGCCAAGAACCACCUCCUUCGCAGAGAGCUGCAAACCAGUGCCGCAGCCUUCAGCAUUUGGCAGCAUGAAAGUCAGCAGAGAUAAGGACGGCAGCAAAGUGACCACAGUCGUGGCGACUCCAGGCCAGGGGCCAGACCGGCCACAGGAGGUCAGCUACACGGACACCAAGGUGAUCGGAAACGGCUCGUUCGGCGUGGUCUACCAGGCCAAGCUGUGCGACUCCGGUGAGAUGGUGGCCAUCAAGAAGGUCCUCCAGGACAAGAGGUUCAAGAACCGAGAGCUUCAGAUCAUGAGGAAACUGGACCACUGCAACAUUGUGCGCCUCCGUUACUUCUUCUACUCCAGUGGAGACAAGAAGGAUGAGGUGUAUCUGAAUCUGGUUCUGGACUACGUCCCUGAGACAGUCUACAGAGUGGCCCGACACUACAGCCGAGCCAAGCAGACACUCCCCAUGAUCUACGUCAAGCUGUACAUGUAUCAGCUGUUCCGCAGUCUGGCCUACAUCCAUUCCUUUGGGAUCUGCCAUCGGGACAUCAAGCCUCAAAAUCUGCUGCUGGACCCUGAGACUGCUGUGCUCAAGCUCUGCGACUUUGGCAGUGCUAAACAGCUGGUUCGUGGGGAGCCCAACGUCUCCUACAUCUGCUCACGGUACUACAGAGCCCCUGAGCUCAUCUUCGGUGCCACAGACUACACCUCCAGCAUAGACGUGUGGUCAGCUGGUUGUGUGCUGGCUGAGCUGUUGCUCGGACAGCCAAUAUUCCCUGGUGACAGUGGAGUGGAUCAGCUGGUUGAGAUCAUAAAGGUCCUGGGCACCCCCACCCGCGAGCAGAUCCGCGAGAUGAACCCCAACUACACCGAGUUCAAGUUCCCCCAGAUUAAGGCCCACCCUUGGACUAAGGUGAGUCAACAGGUGUUCCGGCCCCGCACCCCCCCGGAGGCGAUAGCGCUGUGCUCGCGGCUGCUGGAGUACACGCCCACGGCCCGGCUCACGCCGCUGGAGGCCUGCGCCCACUCCUUCUUCGACGAGCUGCGCGAGCCCAACGUCAAGCUGCCCAACGGCCGAGAGAAACCCUCGCUCUUCAACUUCACCACUCAGGAGUUGUCCAGUAAUCCCUCCCUGGCCUCCAUCUUGAUCCCAGCCCACGCCCGUAACCAGGCUGGAGCCUCCACACCCACCAACGCUUCAGCCACCACAGAUGCCAACAGUGGAGACCGUGGCCAGACCACCACUACUGCCUCUGCCUCCGCCUCCAACACCUCCACCUGAGUGCCCCAACCAAUCAGACCCAUCCCUCUGACCGAAGCCACACCCACCCCAGUGCUCAUUGGCUAGAUGCCAACCAGAGAGGGGGCGGGUAGAAUCCCCCAAAUCCACAAAUACUGACACACACACGCACACACACUCACACACACGCACAUACUGAACAACACUCACUGAAAAGAUGAGGAACAUGUACCAACAUUGUUGAACCCCCCCUCCCCCCCUAUUGUGCUGUUUUUAUUUUC